AUGCCCCUCCUCUCCACCCUCAACCCCGCCCCGCGCACCCUCCUACCCACCAUUGGCUUCAUCUACGCCCUGCAAACCGCCGCCGCCAUCCCCUCCAUCAUCUUCCAGACGGAGCGCUUCUACGACCUCUCCGGCUCACUGACCUAUCUCUCGUGUACCCUACUCUCCCUCUACUUCCCCGCCUACCGUGCCCGAAGCCUUGCUGCCGCCGAUGGUCUGCCAAUACCUGUAUGGCCUGCACUCACCGACUUUCAUCCCCGGCAGCUGAUACUCAGCGGGCUUACCGCGCUGUGGGCGGCGAGAUUGGGCAGUUUCCUAUUCAACCGGGUGCUACGGGACGGUAGUGAUUCGCGCUUCGACAAGAUCAAGAAAAACCCCACCAGCUUUGCCAUCGCCUUCUUUGCCCAAGCCACCUGGAUCACACUUGUCUCCCUCCCAAUCAUGGCCACAAACAGCCUCCCCGCCGCCGUCCUUCCACCCCUGCGCACAAGCGACUACCUCGGCCUCACCCUCUGGGUUAGCGGCUUCCUCCUCGAGGUCGCCGCCGACCGUCAAAAGGCCUCUUGGACCGCCGACAAGCGUGCCAAUAAACACAGCGAGGACUUCCUCCACGCGGGCCUAUGGGCGCUCAGUAGGCAUCCAAACUACGCCGGUGAGACGACGCUGUGGAUUGGGAGUGCGGUAAUUGCUGGGCUGGGUGGAGGGCUGGUAGGUGGGAUGGGUGCGAAGUUUUACGGGGGUGCCGCGGUGGGCGUGAUGAUGAGUGUAGUGAGUCCCGUAUUUACGUACUUGUUGUUGACGAGGGUGUCCGGGGUGCCGUUGUCGGAGAAGAAGUAUGAUAAGAGGUUUGGUGGCAGGAAGGAGUAUGAGGCGUGGAAGAGGAAUACGCCGGUGUUUUGGCCGAAGCUGUUUUAG